UUUCAUUUCUACGAGAGCAUCAGACUCAAUCGAAGUUUAAUACAGUGUACACCUACAAUUACCAUCAGUAAUUACUUUAUAAUUGCAAUCGUCUACAAAAAUGAAGCUGUACGUUAGUUUCGUCCUGCUCGCCGCUAUCAUUGCCGCCGUGAGCUGUGCCCCACAAUUUGGAUUUGGUUCAUCCGGAGCUGGAGCCAACGCGGCCUCCCAAGGAAUGGGCAUGGGUGGUGGAUUUCCCGGAAUGGGUGGUGGAAUGAGCUCCUCGAACGCGAACGCUGGUGCUCAAGGCUUCGGCAUGGGCGGUGGAUUUCCCGGAAUGGGUGGAGGCAUGGGCUCCUCUUCGGCAAAUGCAGGCGCUGGAUCUCAAGGAAUCGGAAUGGGUGGAGGCUUCCCCGGAAUGGGAGGCGGAAUGAGUGCAUCGAAUGCUAACGCUGGAGCACAAGGAAUGGGAUUUGGCGGAUUUGGUGGAUAAACUUUCGAGAUUAAAUUGCAUGUACUAUGUAUCGGUGUUCAUAUUUAUUUAUCACUUUGUUUAUAAGAGUCGUACGGAAGAGUAUUUGUAUAAAAAGUAAAGAAAUAUUACAUAA